AUGCUGCUGACGCUGGCCUGCGGCUCGCUUUUCUACCCCGGCUUCUUCGUGCUCUGCGCCUGGAGGCUGCACCAGAAGCUUCCCCAAUGGCCGGUCAUCGAUUGUUUGACGUUCAGCAACAGGCUCGUUUCCUCAAUCCAGGCUGUCCUGGCCACUGUCUCCGGGUUCACCGUCAUUUUGAACUGCAAAGAUGUGAUUACAGACAGGCACUGGCUUGCUCGAGAAUAUAUAUGGGCUUUGAUUCCAUACAUGACCUACGACCUAGGCGCGAUGUACAUUUGCUACUGGUACCGCUAUAGAGGCGAGGAUAAGAAACACACUCUUGCCAUUUUUAGAAACUUCAUCAAGCACGACCGCCUCAUGCUCAUGCACCAUAUUUUCAUUCUGUUGGUUCUUGUACCCAUCACACAGGUACUAAGGGGGGAACGUGGCGACUUCUUUGUAGGCUGUAUCUUCACCGCAGAAUUCAGUACUCCAUUUGUGUCGCUGGGCAGGAUUCUGAUCUUGUUAAAGCAGCAGCACACGCUCGCGUACAAAGUGAACGGAUUCCUGACUCUGGCGACCUUCUUUACCUGUCGAAUCCUCCUCUUCCCCUUUAUGUACUGGUCCUACGGCCGACAGAUAGGGGUGUCCUUCCUGCAGUCCCCAUUCCACAUACCCUUCAUGUGCAACGUGAUCAAUGCUGUCCUCAUCGCGCCCCAACUCUACUGGUUUUCUCUGCUCUGCAGGAAGGCAGCCCAGAUGUUUGACAAUUCCCCAGCCAAAAAGGACAGUUAGUAGAUGUGAUCCAGAGCAUUUGGAGGAAGGUGUGGCCUCCUACGCCACCUGCCUCCUCCA